AUGUGCAACUCCUGUUGUGGCUCCGUCUGCUCUGAGCAGGGCUGUGGCCAGGAGACCUGCUGCCAGCCCAGCUGCAUGCAGACCACCUGCUGCAGGACCACCUGCUGCCGCCCCAGCUGCUGCGUGUCCAGCUGCUGCCGCCCCAGCUGCUGCAGACCCCAGUGCUGCAUCUCCAGCUGCUGCCGCCCCACCUGCUGCAGACCCCAGUGCUGCAUCUCCAGCUGCUGCCGCCCCACCUGCUGCAGGCCCCAGUGCUGCAUCUCCAGCUGCUGCCAGCCCUCCUGUGGUGGCUCCAGCUGCUGCCGCCCCUGCUGCUGCCGCCCCUGCUGCUGCCUGCGGCCAGUGUGCGGCCAGGUCUCCUGCCACACCACUUGCUACCGCCCAACCUGCGUCAUCUCCACCUGCCCCCGCCCCAUGUGCUGCGCCGUCCCUUGCCCUUGCUGCUAA